ACUAUUGGGCAGUGCGAAGCCCGUUAUUAUGAAGGCCUAAACCAAAUGAUCCAAAAAAACCCUAAUUUCCAUACACGAUAUAAAAUUCUCGAUCAUCGUCGACGAAAAUUUUUCCCACAACACCUCCGAUUGUACGGUUUCUGCAACUAAAGAAAUGGGAAAAGGAACAGGAAGCUUCGGUAAGCGGAGGAACAAGACCCACACACUCUGUGUGCGGUGCGGAAGAAGAAGCUUCCAUCUCCAGAAGAGCCGUUGUGCUGCUUGUGGCUUUCCCGCCAGUCGCAUCAGAAAAUAUAACUGGAGUGUUAAGGCUAUCCGCAGAAAGACCACCGGAACUGGCCGUAUGAGGUACCUCCGCCAUGUGCCACGAAGGUUCAAGAGCAACUUCCGAGAAGGUACUCAAGCAACUCCAAGGAGCAAGGGAGCAGCAGCUGCAGCCUCAUAAGUUUUCUGAAGUGAAACGUUUUUGUUGUUUUUAAUACUUUUGUUCUCUCAAAAGAGUUUUGGAUGAUAUUUGUUGCCGGUGUUAUAUUAACAAAAAGUUUUCAUUUUUGUAACGGAUAGUAAUUACUUUCUUCGAAACUCAAUAUGGUUGGUGCAAGGUGUCUGGGCUCUUAUACAUUUCCUUUUCAGUAUUAUACCUUAACAGUUCUAGUUUUUCUAUACGAUUGGAUUUUGUUUUCCUA